AUGAAAAUCAUUGACAAAAUCGAGCAGGCACAAAAGAGCAACAAUAUUGCUUACAGUUUUGAAUACUUUCCACCAAAGACCGAACUCGGUUUUGCCAAUUUGAUUGAUCGUCUCGGUCGUAUGGCUCAGCUUGAGCCCGAUUUCAUCUCAUGUACAUGGGGAGCUGGUGGAUCGACGCACGAACGCACACUGGAGCUGUGUACUACUGCUCAAAGUCUGUACGGUUUGGAUACACUGAUGCAUUUGACUUGUACCAACAUGGAAAAAGCAAAAAUUGACGAGGCGCUGGAACAAGCCAAGAUGGCAGGUAUUCGAAACAUUUUGGCAUUGCGUGGUGAUCCACCUCGAGGUCAUGAAUAUUGGACACCAGUGGAUAGUGAGUUUCAACAUGCUAUUGAUCUGGUCAAGUAUAUUCGCAAGCAAUAUGGAGAUACAUUUUGCAUUGGUGUUGCUGGUUAUCCCGAAGGUCAUAUUGAUUGCCCCGACAAGGAACAAGACAUGCAAUAUCUCAAAGAGAAGGUGGACGCAGGUGCUGACUUUGUUAUGACACAACUAUUCUACGACGUUGAUGCCUGUGUGACAUGGAUGCAAAACUGCCGAGCUCAUGGUAUUCAGGUACCAAUUGUACCUGGCAUUAUGCCCAUUCCAACCUACCAAAGCUUCCGUCGUAUGAUCAAUCUAUGUAAUGUCAAGGUACCCGAUAACGUCAUGUCUGAUCUGGAUGCCAUCAAGGGUGACGAUCAAAAAGUCAAGGAAUAUGGUGUCAAUCUUGCCGUGAAAAUGAUUCAAAGAUUGCACAACGAGGCAGGUAUUUGCAAUUUCCACAUUUCUACACUUAAUUUGGAGAGAUCUACUCGAUUGAUCUUGGAAGCUUUGCAUUUGCAUAAGGAGAAUGGUUUGCAUGUCAAUAAGGUAUCACCUUGGGCUCCUAUACAUGAUCCCGCCAAAGCCGAGUUAUGGGAUGAGUUCCCUAAUGGCCGUUAUGGUGAUUCUCGCUCACCAGCUUAUGGUGAAAAUACAUACAGUUCGGGCCAAAUUUUGCCUACAUCUCAAGCUAUUUUGAAAUGGGGAGAGCCUGAAACGGAACGAGACAUUGCUCAAUUAUUCAUUAAUUAUAUCAACGGGCAAGUCAAAUCGCUCCCAUGGUGUGAAGAGGCUCUGCAUACAGAGAGUGAAACUAUUCGACAAAGAUUAACAGAUAUCAAUCAGCGUGGCUAUUGGACUGUAAGCUCUCAGCCCGCAGUAAAUGGUGCAUCCAGUCAAGAUAAGAUCUACGGAUGGGGUCCAAAGAACGGCUAUGUCUAUCAAAAGGCAUUUAUUGAAUUCUUUGUGUCUGAUCAACAAGUAGCCGAACUGCUUGCUCGUCUCGGUAAAGAUGAUUCGAUCACUUACUAUGCAACAAAUCGAAAGGGCGAUUUCUCAACCAAUGUAUCAGAUGCUGAGGCACAAAAUGCUGUUACCUGGGGCGUCUUCCCUGGCAAAGAAAUCAUUCAACCUACCAUCAUCGAAAAGGCUAGUUUUGAAGCAUGGAAGGACGAAGCCUUCGGUUUAUGGACAGAAUGGGAAGAGCAAUAUGCUCCGAACAGCUUCAGUCAAAAGAUCCUCAAAGAGAUUGGCGAUAGAUACUGGCUUGUUAAUGUAGUUCACAAUGACUUCCAGAAGCCUGAUCUGUUGUUUAAUGUGAUGCUCUCUUAG